GGGAGUGGACCCUUAUCUGCCAAGGACAAUAGGCGGUCACAGAGUUUAUCUCACCUUUCUAUGUCAUCUCGAUAGACGACAUUCCAAUUGAGGGCUUCGUCAAAACAAUAAGAUGGCGACAAUGACAGGGAUAUUCGUUUGUGUUUUAUUACUUGGGAUAACUUCCGCACAGUUCCCGAACAUGUUCUACAAUAUGAUGAACCCCGGUUCAACUGCCGGCACCACCGGAAACUCCACCGGCGCAUGCGCGACUUCCUGCAACCCUUGGUGCGGCCGGUCGGUAGAUGACAGCGGCUGUCUGACGUGUCAUUGCUCCAACACUGGUGCACUGUCAGGUAUCAGCCCCAUGCAAGGAAUGAAUCCAAUGCAGGGCAUGAACCCCAUGUCGGGAAUGAAUCCCAGCGCCAUGUUCCCGGGCCUGUCCGGCGGAAGUUCGCCCAUGGGCGGCGCUGCGCAGGCGCAAACGCAGGGCGUGGGAUGUGACCCUGUCCCCACCACUUGCCCAGCCCCUCAGCCUUGGUGUCAGAGGGUCGCGGACGCCAAAAGCUGUGUAAAGUGCCUCUGCGGAAAUGAGCUUAUAACUUUCAUGCAGAGUCAUGGUUCUUCACAGCAACCAGCCUCUACUUCUGGUUUACCACUUCCCACCAUGGCCCAGAUGACAAUCGAAGCAAACUUAACAACAACGUCGCAUACCACGAGCAUUCGACCCACGCAUGCGCAAACCACCGUAGACCCGAUGACGUCAUGUAUAGAAAAUUUCGUCUGCGGCAAGCUGUGUCUGCACGGCUACAGCACGGACGCGACCGGAUGUCCGCUGUGCGAGUGUGUCGACCAGUUCGUUGAUGCCACAGUCGCCGCGACUGAUCCUCCAGGAAAGCACAGCAGCCAGCCGCAGUCCACAGUCGUCACUUCCGGUUCGCCAAUCAUGACCGGACGCACCGUCAUACAGUGUCCGGGUGUUUUCGAUUGCGCACUCAUGUGUACCAACGGUUUCAAGUCAGACGCCAAUGGAUGCCCUCUGUGCCAGUGCGAAUAAACGGCUGCAAUCAGUUCGCCUGGCACUGUAUUGACAUGUAGUCAGCUGAAAGCUAAUUGAACUUUAUUUUUUGAUAAACGUAUCUGAAUUGUCUAA